AUGGCUGUGCAAGUGAAUUCAUCUGUAUUUAAUGAAAAUGGAGAUCGACAAGUUGGUGGAUUUUGCCCCAACAUUUUUUUCUCUGGCUUUGAUACCAAGUUCAUUUGUAAACAUUGCCACUGUAUUCUCCGAGAUCCUGUUCAGAGCCAGUGCGGUCAUAGGUUUUGUUACAGCUGCAGGGAUGAGCUUCUUGUUAACAACAGACAGGUGAAUUGUCCAGCAUGUUUAGAAGAGCAGGUGGAUAUCCAAGAAGUUGGGCAGUUGUCAAUGAACCUGAUGUUUCCAGACAAUGCUGUCAAAAGAGAAAUGUCAGUAAUGGCCACAUCGUGUGUCUUUCCUGGAUGCAGCUGGCGAGGAAGAUUUAAAGAGUACGAAGCUCAUGAAAGAAGCUGUGAAUUUCGACAGAUAGCUUGUGGCUUGUGUGCUCAGCCUGUUUCUAAUGGUCACAUUGAUGAACACAAGCAGACUGAUUGCCCUCAGAGACACGUUGUCUGUGAUUUCUGUCAGACAGAGACAGUGUUCGCCAGGUUACAGUCUCAUCAUGACAUUUGUGAAAAAUUUCCAGUCACAUGUGAUCUUUGCAACUUGCCUAAUAUAGCCAGAGAGGGGAUGAAAGUUCACAUGGAACAGCAAUGCUCAAAACGGAGGAUCAAAUGUCCAAUGGGCUGUGCUGAACAGUUUCAGCAUGACAAAUUCCCUGAGCACUUGCACAUGUGCGUUGAAUCUCAUCUUGCUUGGACUGUAGAGAGGCUUAUGAUUUUGGAACAUAAGAUUGAAGACACUAUAGGCAGUGUUGAAAUGACUCCAGCAAAUUUCAGUCAAGUUGUGGGAGAUGUGAAAAGCAUAGAGAAAAAGAUACAGAAUUUUGAAAGACAUGUUCAGAAAUGCAUGCAGGACAAACCAUCAACACAUAUGGACAUUUCAGGUUCCGAAACACAGCGAUCUGACGGACCCAUAUCAGCUGAAGUUGCAGCUAAAGCCAGUUUGAAGUUAGUUGAGCCAAUCCUGGGAGUCAUUCAUCAUGAACUUGAUAGAGCAUUGCACUCAUUGCAAGUACUAGAGGGUCACUAUAGACAGCAACAAGCUCAGCUUGAUGAGAUAGAAAACCAGUUCCGCCUACAGCAGCAGCAACUGCAGCUGAAGGAUGCUGCCUUAGCUGAUGUUGAAAUGAGACUGGCUGCUCAAGAAUUGGCACGUUAUGAUGGUACUAUUUUGUGGAAGGUUUCAGGAUUUGAGGGAAAAAAACGAGAGGCUAUCAGUGGUCAGACAACCAGUUUAUACUCCCCGGCAUUCUAUUCUGGGCCUUGUGGUUACAAAAUGUGUGCAAGAAUCUACCCAAAUGGAGAUGGCAUUGGCAAAGGAUCACACAUUUCAUUGUUCUUUGUGAUUAUGAGAGGUCAUUAUGAUGCUUUGUUACCUUGGCCAUUUUCACAAAAGGUGACCCUUAUGAUGAUAGACCAGAACCAUAAAGAACACAUUGUGGAUGCAUUCAAGCCGGAUCCUACAAGUUCUUCUUUUAAGAGACCUACAACAGAAAUGAACAUAGCAAGUGGAUGUCCAUUGUUCCUGCCCUUAGACAAGCUUCACAGUCGACAGUAUGGCUACUUGCGAGAUGAUACCAUCUUUGUUAAAAUUAUAGUGGAUACUGAAGGUCUUGAUAGAUACACAGAAAUGAAUCCUGGCAGAUUUAGCACAGGUUACCCGUAG